AUGACUACCUUAAACUCGUUGUUCAGUUUCACUUCGCCGGCCGUUAAGAAACUAUUAGGUAUUGUAUACCCAUUGCCCGCAUACCUGUCCCCUACCUCCCUGUCCACGCUAUACCUACGCUGGAAACAGGGCGACGAAGAGGAGAAGUGGGCGGAGAAGGCGGUCGACUCGUUGGUGAAGAAGCUGAAGAAGAAGAAGGGAGCGGUCGAGGAGUUGGAGCGGGCGCUCAGCCAACCCGGACAGCCAUCGAAAUGCGUGACAAUCCCGCGCUCGCUGGACGGCCGGCUACAGGUGUCCCACCGGAAAGGCCUGCCGCACGUGAUCUACUGUCGCGUGUGGCGGUGGCCGGACCUCCAGUCCCACCACGAGCUCAAGCCCUUAGAGCACUGCGAGUACCCGUUUUCGGCCAAACAGAAGGAGGUGUGCAUUAAUCCCUACCAUUACAAGCGCGUGGAGAGCCCUGGUAUGUAG